UGGAAAUAGUCUGCUGAGAGAGCUUUGACGGAGCAGCUGGCUUGUUCUAUACUGACUCGGGAAGGUGUCACUCGAUCUCUCGUCGAAUUUAUAAGAGCCUGCGAGAGGAUGUCAGUUGGAAGGCAGUUACCGAAAGAAAUCCAGGCGAUUUUUGACGAUCCUGAGUACGGUGCAGGGAUUGGCCGAAAAUUAAAGAGGGAAAACGCCAUAAAAAUGUUCGUGGAGAGAUUCGGCAUGACUGAGGCGCAGGCAGACGCAAUAUUCGAGACCUUUGACGCCGAUAAAAACGGCGUCAUGACCUUGCGGGAAUUCAGGCAGUUUUACGCAACCAUUGGCAAUAGGGGGCAGGAAAUCAUGGACAUGUUUGAGAGUAUGGAUAAGGACAAAAAUGGCAAGUUGGACGCUGAGGAAGCUACUGCGGGAUUGAAGGCCCUGAAAACGCAGGAUGGGAAGGAGAUUACCGAUGAGGAGGUCAAGUUCUGCAUCAAUACGAACAAGGGGGCGGACGGUGUCAUUGAUGUAGGAGAGUUGGCCCGCAUGCUAAUUAAGCUGAAAAUCAUCAUGGUCAACAGAAAAUAAUCAUAGCCAUGAAUGUUGAAAUGACUAGUGAGGGCACUUGAGAGUUCAGUUACUGGGUGUCGUAUGGGACCACUGUAAAUCGGUCAGGAGAUAUCCCGACUUUCUUGCUGACGGUUGAUAGAAGUUGGAGUCAGUUUCCUUGUCAAGAAGGGGUGUUGUCAUCAAAAAAGAGUCGAGUAUUAUGACAUUACAUGCUCGGCCAAGUUACACUUAGGUUUUUAGCUAACUUCCAACUGUUGACUCUGUCAAGGGGAGUGUCUCUCUUAACUUAAGGUUUUUCAAAACAGAAAUUAUAUCAUAAGAACCAAGACAUUAGAAGACGAUCUUAGUCAUUAAUUAUAUAAUGUAGGCGAACAGGUAAUAAA